AUGGCGCCGCCAAAAACUCGAGUGCGGAACUUUCAUCGCCGAAGCAAGAACGGGUGCUCAAGCUGCAAACGACGGCACGUUCGAUGCGACGAGCGCAAACCGCUGUGUACAUAUUGCCUACAGAGCGGUAGUCAGUGCCUGUAUCCCGAUAGUCCUGGGGCCACUGGUAGGCACCAGUCCCUUAUUGCCCUGCCCAGCCUCACUUCAUGCAAGGCUGACGGGUUAGCCCCCGUUUUGACGACAUAUCAUCCUUUCUCUAGUCUUGAUUGUGACUUCAAACCAUCAUCCAAGUCCAAGUGGCUGUUCCAUCAAUCUUUGACGCAUCCUGGUCUUCUUCAUGGCUCGCUCGUUGUUGCGGCCUGCCAGUGGGCCUGGGUAACAGGCUCCCUUGAUGAUGUCAAAGUUCCCUUUUUGCAUCAUAAAGCAGCUGCAUACGAGUUCGCCAGGCAGCAAAUCCUCGACCCAGAGACGGCGUUUACGGACACCACCGUAUUCGCCAUCGCGGCCCUUGCAUUAGUGGAGGGGGCCAUGGGCGACCUAAACGCGUCCUCAAAGCAUCUUCGAGGGCUCCACGAGCUAGCGACGCGGAAGAAUGGGUACAGACUCUGCGAGGUGAACCUGGCACAGCAGAUGCUGGAGAUGGCGGGAGAUCGUCUGCGUGAAGGGGAAAUCGACGCCUUCUACGACGCAACGGGCGCCGACUUCCAACCGACGGUGAUCGCCUUGAUCUUCACAUCGUUAUGGGACAUGUCUAGCCUGCCGCCGAGGGAGGCGCCGAAAUACGGGUGGUGGGAGGUCAGCGAGACAGAGAAUGACAGGCUGUGGCAAAAUUACACCAAGAACCUCAACUGGGAGAUAUCCCGUAAUUUCGACCCCGAACAUAACCUCACCAAGAUGCUGAAUAGCGAUCCCAAGAGCAGCCGGGCGAGCUACAUAGCAACUUUCCUUUACCUACUCAUGGCGCUGAACAGUAGCGACAUUGACGGCGUCCUGACGAUCUGGCUGCUGGAACAGCUCAUUGAUGACAUACGCGCAAAGGAGGAGGACGUGCGUGCUGGCAACUUCAGCCGGUACUUGUGGUUCUGGAGCGUGUUGUUCGGGGCUGCAGUGGCUGCAGGCGGCCAGCCGAGGACAGUAAAGGAACAACACCAACUCGCCCAGUGGAGAAGCACAUAUGCCGGGAAACUGAGGCUGGCAAGCCAGCUACUAGGGAUAUGCCACUGGAGUGAGGCGAAGAAGGCCUGGGCGGAGGUAGCAUGGAAAGACGGCAUGCCAGGGGAAGCAAGGCUCAGAGCGAUAUGGGAGGAGUCAAUGGUCGGGGACCACCUUGUCCAAGACACGAAGACCCGCCAAAUAUUGGACUUGACCGACGUGGAGGAUGCUCUAGGAGAGCUCUGA